UGUUCGGCUCCCUGGGCAGGCGAAAGGCGCCCCCAACCUUCCCUGGCUUUCACCAUGAGUCCGGCGUGAGCUCAGCCGACGGCACGGGCAUCUCCAUGGUGCAGGACAGCGGCAUGUCACGCACACCUUACAGCUCCAGCCAAGACAUCCAAAUGGAGGUCUUAGACAACCCUGGCCUCCAGGGGAAGUAUAGCAAAAGGAAGAACCGCUUCAAACGCUCCGAUGGCAGCACCUCUUCUGACACGACUUCAAAUAGCUUCGUCAGGCAGGGUUCUGCUGAGUCCUAUACCAGUCGCCCAUCUGACUCUGAUGUGUCCCUGGAGGAAGACCGUGAAGCCCUGCGCAAAGAAGCAGAGCGCCAAGCGUUGGCACAGCUGGAGAAAGCCAAGACCAAGCCGGUAGCAUUUGCUGUGAGGACAAAUGUGGGCUAUAAUCCUUCUCCCAAUGAUGAUGUGCCUGUCCAAGGCAUGUCUAUUUCCUUUGAACCCAAAGACUUCCUUCAUAUCAAAGAGAAAUAUAAUAACGAUUGGUGGAUUGGACGCUUGGUCAAAGAAGGUUGUGAGGUGGGCUUCAUCCCAAGCCCUGUCAAACUGGAGAACAUGAGGGUGCAACAGGAGCAAAAGAUGAGACAACAUCGGCUCAGCUCCAGUAAAUCAGGAGACAACUCCACCUCCAGCCUGGGAGAUGUGGUGACAGGUCCCCGGAGACCCACCCCACCUGCUAGUGCCAAGCAGAAGCAAAAAUCGGCAGAGCAUGUGCCACCAUAUGAUGUGGUUCCUUCUAUGCGGCCAAUCAUUCUUGUGGGCCCAUCCUUGAAAGGAUAUGAGGUGACAGACAUGAUGCAGAAAGCCUUGUUUGAUUUCUUGAAACGCCGAUUUGAUGGCAGAAUAUCCAUCACACGUGUGACGGCUGAUAUCUCUCUGGCCAAGCGCUCAGUCCUCAACAACCCUAGCAAACACACCAUCAUUGAGCGCUCCAGUACCCGUUCCAGUCUGGCUGAAGUGCAGAGCGAGAUAGAGCGCAUCUUUGAAUUGGCCCGAACCCUACAGCUGGUUGCCUUGGAUGCAGACACCAUCAAUCACCCAGCUCAACUCUCCAAGACCUCAUUGGCACCUAUUAUUGUCUACAUCAAGAUAUCUUCCCCAAAGGUGCUGCAAAGGUUGGUGAAAUCUAGAGGUAAAUCCCAAGCCAAGCACUUGAAUGUUCAGAUGGUGGCAUCAGACAAAUUGGCACAAUGUCCCCCAGAAAUGUUUGACAUCAUCCUGGAUGAAAACCAGCUAGAAGAUGCUUGUGAACACCUGGCCGAGUACCUGGAAGCCUACUGGAAGGCCACACAUCCUCCUAGCAGCAAUCCACCCAACCCACUGCUGACCCGCACCAUGGCAACUGCUGCCCUGGCUGCGAGCCCUGCCCCGGUCUCCAACCUCCAGGGACCCUACUUGGUGCAUGGGGAGGAGCCUCAUGACCCUGAGCAUCCUGGCCUCCACAGCUACGCAGGGCAGCCAGUGGGGCACGGCCAGAUCCGUUCAGUGCCGCCUCCCUCUCACUUGGCUGCCCGAGGGCUUUCCCGGCAGGACACCUUUGAUUCAGAGAUGCCGGGCAGUCGUGAUUCUGCUUACACCGAUCCAGCGGAUUCCUGCAUGGACAUUGAGACCGACCCUUAUGAGGAGCCGGAGCCUCCUCGCCUGAGCCACCGUGAGAGGGUCUGGGAGGCUGAAGAACUGGAGCGUCGUCGCCACUUCCAGGGCCGCAGCCACCGCCCCCCCCAGUGCCAAGGCUCCCAGGAGGCCGAGGAGCCUGACCGACAAAACCACAACCGGCCUCUGCGCGGGCGGGGCAAAGGGCAGGAACGCUACUGCCAGGAGGAGGAAGAGGAGGAGGAAGAGGAGGAGGAGGAGGAGGAAGCUUUAGGUCAUAACCACAACAGUGUGGAGGACUGGGGGCGUGAUGGUUAUAUCCGUUAAGGCCCCAAGGGCAGGUUUUUAUCCACCUAGGGAGAAGCUUCUUCCUGCUCAGACCUUUGGGGGUGGCAGCUGAUGGCCACUGAGGGCAGAGGCUGUCCCUAAAAGAUGGGUCUUCAGCCCCACAGGUGGAGCUUGAUGGCUGUAGUGUUUGUACCCCCAAAGCCACGCCAUCAUUGGCCAGGCCUGUGAGUCAAUGCCCCUCCUCCCUGCUCUUGUCUGGGGACUCCCUCCAUUCCCCCUUUGCCAUUUGUGCCAACAACGUCUCUGAGCAUCCUCACCCUGCCAGCAGCACUGCCUGGGCCUUCCCACAAGAUCAUGAAGAAUCACAUCGACCUUAAAUUCUUCUUUCUACUUCAGGACUGGGAGGGUGGGGAGAGAGUCCCUUGAGGACAUGGAGAGGGAGAGGAGUGGUCUCCACUGGUGCCUAGGAUUACCCCAAAUGCUUGGGGAAUGGCUGGGGUGGACAGCCGACCACAGACUGGCCCUUCUUAAGUCCUUCUUGCCUGACCCCAGCCAAAGCCAAGCAGCUUCUGGAGGAAGAUGGCCUCCUUUCUUCUUUCAAUUUAAGCUGUCGUAGAUCUCUUCCUUUGCUAUCUUAUGGUGCUGCGCCAGCCCAGCCACUGUGGGGGAAGGGAGAAAAGGCAACUCUCAGUUUUUCUCCCAGGAUUUGUUCAUUGCCAGACCUUUUCCAGUGCCUACAAAAGAAUUACAACACAAAUCACCUUAAAUCAGCCUUCCCCAUUCUGACAACCUCCAGGCCUGUUGGAUGACAACCUGCAUAAUUCCCAGCCAGCACGUCUGGAAGAUGUCAUGUUGGGGAAGGCUGCCUUAAAUGCUUCAGCCCUCCACGUGCCUCUGCUCAGGGCCCUUCUGGAUGUAUUUUGCGUGCUGGAUGGAUUCUGAUCAUACAGAGUGCAUGCAUGUACGUGUGGUGUGUGCCAUGCCUGGCAGAGAGAAAGGCUUUGACGUCCCUGACAUUUGCUGUCUUGCUCUUAGUAUACUGACUUUGGAAACCUCUUUCCAGCAUGUGUGAUAGUUUGGCCUGGGGCAUUGGGCAGAUAAAAGGCAGGGCUGCCCUCCCACCCCCCUGAACCCACAGGGAGGCAACGCCAGCCAGUCUCCUUUGCCUUUGCUGCAGGAGGUGCCUUCUCUCGUAGUGGAAAGCUUGAGUGUUGGCCCAUCCUGCUGUCGCUUCUUUCUUUCUGAGGAUUUCUUUUCCUAGGUGGACUUGGGAAACCAGCCUGUCUUUCUCUUCUUCUGAUAAUGUGCCAGAUGAGUUGCAAGAAAAGCAACAAACACAUGGUCUCUAGGACAGAAAAUGAAAAUAAGAGGAAUUGUGGCAGGUCAGGCUGGAGUCCUAAGUCUGCCACUACUGAUUCCUCCUGUGCAGGCCCAGAGACCUGCUGGAUAUACAGGACCAGGGAUGAUCACCAACCUAUUAUCUUGCUACAGUCCACAGUGGGAAAUUUGUAGCUGCUUCUACCAUUAUCAUUUGUGCUCCUCGUAGACUCCCUCUUACCCAGACCAGUUUUUUAAGGAUGUUAUUCUUGGGUCCAAAUCUGCCUCCUGCCUCUAGACCCCAGGAUCUUCCUUUCAAAAGAUUUUAGCAGGUAAGGACUGUGACUUCAUGGACACAUCCAUGUGGUUUACUUGGCAACAGUAUGGAGGUAGUUUAUUAUUGUUGCCUUCUAGGAAGUUUUAUUAAACUCUGCUUAACUUUUCUUGAGAUCAGCUAGAUUCUGUACUUACUUACACUUAAAAGGAUUGUUCUUUACUAAGAUUUGUUAUUGUUGCAUGGAACUGUAAGCAACACUUGUUAUUUCUAAAUAACACAGAGACCUCAGGAGUUUCCCUUCCCUCCUGUAUAGAUAUUUCAGGCUUCUGGGCAAGCUUAGAAAAAAAGGUGCCACUGCUUUAAGAGUCCUGUUAAUUUUAAUGAGUAGAUUCAUUAAGACUUGCAUGGAAGCCUGGAAAAAGGGGGCUACUUUAAUGUAUAGCAGAGAAGUGCUGUGCUCAUGCUCCUGUGAGCACUGAAGCAUUUGCAUAUCAUUUCCAAAGGUUGCCCAGCCCUUGUUUAUAAAUCAGAUGCCACAGGCUCCAUUAGAAUAGUGAUUGUAAAAAUAUUCAGAAAAGGAAGACACUGGAAACUUGGUGAUAAUCGGAGGGACGAAAAGUGAAAAAUGGCCAGACCCUUGGAACUGAGCAGCCUUCCUCCAUGUGGUACCAAAGUUUAAGAAUUCAGGGAGUCAUAGCUCAACACAGCUGGAAAUCUCCAAGUUGAGAAAGACUGGCAUUAAACCUAACUCUUUCUUUGAUGAAGCUGGUAAGAUCUUGGCAUAUUCAACUGGCAGGAAAAAGGGAGGUCAUUGUGGCAUAUAAAUCCAGCCUACCUAUUAAUCCACCAAGGAAGUACAAGGAAUUGAAAUGGAAGAACACUGCUGCAAGGUAUAGGAAUAACUAUUAACCAGAAAUACAGGUUGGGGAAAUGAGGCACAAUUUUUGAAUUUGUGAUAUCUUGCAAUGAUUGGUGGCUGAUCCCGAGGACUUGAUAUCUUUCUGGUCCUUUUUGCUGUAGGGACUCAGUCAAAAAAAAGAAGGGAAAACAGAUAAUCCCCCCAGAGCUUUACUAUUGGUUUGGUCCAGUUUUGUCAUUUUCCCCCACCCUACCCUGGAAACUGAAGUUCUCUUUGGUUUACUGGUAUCUUUGAUUCCUUAUUUUAAGCUGCUGCCCCUUUUUCCAGAGCUUUGCGCAUCCACAGCACUUUAAUGGAUAUCCUUUCUAUCAGACACCACUGCUCCAAAUACUGCUUUAAAUUUUUUGCUCUGGGAACUUCAGCAGUCCUGGACUUCUUGAUCUCUGAUUGGAUUUAAUGACAAUGGAGAUAGGAAUAGAAUGUUUUGAGUUCUGUAGAUCCAAAUUAGCUUUCGGUUUCUCGCUUCUUACCAUGCCUACAAAGUUCUCAGUGUGAAAGACAAUAGAAGAUCUGUUAGUCUACCUACAUGUUCAAGUUUCUUCUGUGAUGGAUUUAGCAUUUCUCUUUACUGCUACUUGGAGCUUCAGUGGAGAUAAAAAGUUGCAGAUUCAUAAACUCUCUACCAAUGAGUUGUUAACUCUUAAGCUGAGUUUGUUUCUUUGCAACAGACAAAACGAUUACAAAUGAGAUUUAGACAAGAAUAUGUCAAAUUAUAAGAUUAUUUUAAGAGAGUGUAUUUUAUAUUAUUUAUUCUAGCGUUCCUUAGGAUAAAAUUACUUGGCCAAAUUUCUAAUGAAUGAUUUCACCAAAAGACUUGUAACAGGAAUUUCUGGGGGAAAAAAUGGGGUGGUGGUGGAGAUAUUUUUAAGAAUACACUGUUGAACUUUCAAAUAAUUAAGCCUGGUCAUCUUCAUCCCCUACCUAUUUGCAUCUCUUGGUUUUAUUCUCCUCUGGGUUGCUUUGUUGUUUAAUUUAAGCGGGGAGCAAAAGAGAAAGGUUAUUGUCAAUAGAAUAUAAAUUUUAUUAAGUCUUUGCCUCAUUAUACAACUGGUUCUUCAGUGCUCCAAUAAUCCAAAC